GAAACCACCGAAACCGGAACACAAACCGACGACCCCACCAUCCCGGAUACCGGUCGAGCGACGUAUGUCCAGCGAGCACAGCUUCAUACCGCGCAACACAGAAAUCAAGUUCACGACUGCAACGUACGAAUCCCCAACCAGUGUGCCGCGGACGCCUCCCACUCGCCCACUCGGUGUCGAUCAGAUACGGUCCAACUUCGAACGCAGCAACUCAAAAACCGAAAUCCCGGUUCUAAUCCGUCGCACCUCCAUCCCUUCGAUCAAUCUAUCCAGCUCGAUCAGUAGCAGCAGCAGCAGCAGUAGCAGUAGCACGACCGGAGGAUCGCUGAGCAAUCUGAGCAAUCUGACGUCAUCGUCCCCCAACGGCGCCACCAAAGCGAGCCCCUCGCGCAUACCGGUGUUCUCAACGGCGACAGCAGCUGGCUCCAAAUUCGGGUUUAACGAUGCAAAUGGAGGACGAUCACCGCCACCCGCGACCACCAACGGUGGUUCACCUCCGCACAACCACCACCAGCACAACGGCCAUCAUCACAGCAGCAGCAACAAUAAUCUGGUCAACAGCAGCAAGAUGUCGGUUAGCAUUAACUCGAUCAAGAACCAGUCCAAGCAUCCGAGCGGCAAAUAUUGAUGCGCGAGCGCGACCGUACAGCAUCCGCAUCCAGCAUCGUCUGCAAUGAAUGAAUGAGAGAUAUUUGUGAGUGUGUAUGUAUGUCUGUAUGUUGAGCCUCUUAGUGAGCCUUGACCUACUUAUUACCAGAAUGUAGUACGUAGGAACCUGAUCGACGAUGUAUCCUUCCUUGUCGGAAUUGUCUGAGUCCUUCUACGGAGGAAAGAUCGAAGGAGUCCGAUGGAGCUCGAAGGGACUUUCUAGCAACCGACAAAGUGUGCCUGCAGACCGGCCUACUCAGUUACCGCUCCGUGCAUCACACAUCGAGGGGAUCGUGUUAGCAGGACAUGGCGAAAUCAUCGAAGGCGGCGGGUAGCUUAGGCGAGUAGGCGACAGUAAAAGGGAUGAGGGACCAAGCCUGCUUCGGUUUCUUAGAAAUUUUGUUUGCUUUUUGGCCAUAUUAUCACGUAGGGUAGGCUUGGGAAUAAUUGAUUUGUUUGUUGCAAGUGGCGGAUCGCAGCGCCACGAGCCAGAAUCAUUUAUACAACAGGACAGCGAGACGAGCUAUAUUUGCUAGUUUUCUAAUCGAUCUACAUACUAUCCUGAGAUGUUAACCAAGACGUCUCCUCCGUUACACCCCUCUUUCUUGUAGCACACAUAUAACCGUCCACAUUCCAAUGCAAAACGGGGGAGGAUAUGUAGCUUCUAAUUUGUUGUAUGAGGAGCUGCCUGAUCCACAGCAAUUUACCAUUACCAAGAAGAGUGUCGCGAAAGUAUAAUCUUUAGUUUGUUAACAAAAAAAUAAGGGAAAAGAAAAAAAUCAAAAUAUUUUCGCUCGACGAACCCCACAAUCCGGUGGUUUAUGUUAUCGGCUUAUAUUAUUACUCCCCAGUGUGCAGGCAUCGUGUUGCUGUCGCUGGGGUUAUUAUUAUUGUAAGGAUAAGUAUUUGUUAUGAAAAAAAAACCGUACAACCCGUCCCGUCCAGUGCCGUCUGUCCUUUGUGCAUUCGACUUUAUGGGUGCGUCUCUGGGCUGAUGCAAAUGCGGGUUAACGUUCCGGACGUGCUCGCACGUUCGCGUGCAUUGGUGGCAAUAUACCUACUGUAGUUAUGUUAAAUGGAUCGUGCAAAACACGAGAUGCGAAUUCAGCCCUUUUUUUAAUCGCGUUUAGAUACCUAAGACUCUGUCUUUGUUUCUUCUCCCUAUCAUUUCUACCCUUUCCUUGCACACAACACCAUUGUUUGCGAAUGUUUCGAAAAUGUUAAAUAAAUACAUACUUCACUUGAA